AUGUUAUCAAAUCCAAAAGUGCUUGUUAAUUCAGUUAUUUAAGCUCCAAAUAAUAAUUAUCCAAAUAGAAGCUUUGUUCUUGAGAAAUUAAUUGGUUAAGGUUCAGAAGGAUGUGUUUAUUUAGGAAAAGUCUUUAAAUGGAAUAAUUAGGUAAAUGAAAAAAUAGCUAUAAAAUUACAACAAAAUAUGAAAUAAGAUGAAAUAUAUUUCUUAUAAUCUCUAAUUUAAACUUAAAAUUAAUAUGAAUAAACAAACAACCCAAAAUUAUUGAAUAAAAUAUAAUAAACAUCUUCAAAUAUUAUUAGAAUUUAUGAAACCUUUAGUUGGAAAGAUUGUAAUGUUAUUUUAAUGGAACUAGGAGUAUAAAAUUUAGAACUUUAUAUAUAAUCUCAAUAACAACAACCAUUGUAGAAUAAAUUAUAAAUUAUGAAAUAAGUAUUGUAAUUAUUAUUUAAUUAGCUCACAUAAGCUAUUUAAUUCUUACAUUUGAAUGGAUUAAUUCAUAGAGACAUUAAACCAGAAAACUUUAUUUAGGUUGGUAGUCAAUUUAAAUUGAUAGAUUUUGGUUUAGUUCGUUAGAAUAAUAAUAUUCGAUUAAAAACUAUUCAAGUUGGAACACCUUUAUAUUGUAGUCCUGAAAUUUUUGAAGAAUCCAAUUCAUACACUUAAUCAGUUGAUAUUUGGUCAUUAGCAUGUGUAUUCUAUGAAAUAAUUGAAGCAUACCCCCUAAUAUCAGGUAAUAUAAAUAGAAUAUACAUUUAGGAAAUACUAUAGAGUAGGUUAAAAAUAAUGUUUUAAAUCAUAAAUAUUAAUAAGAUGGAAUUUACAUUAAGAUUGAUAUAUUAGAAAUACCUAAUUAAUUAAAAAUUUUAUUAAAGUAAAUGCUUGCUCCUUCUCCUGAAAAGAGAUGUUCAAUAGAUUAAGUAUUAGAUCAACUCAUAAAUAUUAUAGAAAAAGAAACUUAAUCAUUAAUAUAAAAUAAUAAUCAAAGAAUAAAUGAAAAGAAAGAUAAUUAAUAAUAAAAAUUUAUGAAUUUUUCUCCUGUACCUAAAAAUAAAACAGAUUAAAAUUUCUUUAUCUAGUAGAAUUAAUAGAAUUAGAUAAAUUCUAAUUAAUUAAUUCCUAUUUAAAACUUUUAACCAUUUCAAAUCAAUAAUUAAUAAAAUGAUAUAUAAAAUCAAUUAAAAAGUGGAAUUUCUUAAAUUUAAUAAAUAUUAGGAAUUUAAGUUAAAUAAGCAUAAGAAUAAAAUAAAGAUUUAAUAGAGUAAAUUAAAUGUUUAACUUAAUAAAAUAAAAGUUUAAUAGAAUAAACUGAAAAAAAUUAAUAAUAAAUAGAUAAUUUGUAAAAAAAAUUAUUUGAUAAAUAAAAAGAUGAUUAGAGAUUCAUAACAUCUAAUUAAUCAAACAAAAAAUAAUGUAAUUGUGAUUUAGAGAAUAGAUAAUUAUUAAUAGAACUUUAAAAAUUAAUUGAAAAAGAGUCUUAAUUAAGUCUUGAACAAAUGAAAAAAGUAAAUUUAGAUUAUAAUUAAUAAAUAGAUAAAAUUUAAAUUAAUCUCAAAGAAAUAAAAUAAUUGAAUAAUGAUUAAAAUAUUUAUGCUGAAAAAUAUUAAUAAAAUAUAUCUAAGUAUUUCAAUGAAUACUCAAGUAAAAUUUUAGGUAAAAUUGAAAACUCUGAACAUCAAAUAUAAUAAUCAAUUUAAUCAUUAAAAUAAAUGAUUUAAACUUAAUUAUCUUAAAAUCCAUAAAAAGGAAAAACUUAAAAUGAUGAAUUUAAUGUCACUUCGAAAAAUUAAAAUGAAAAUUAUUAAAUAAUAAUAAAUGAUAUUUAGUACAUAAAUUCAUAACUGAAUAACAAGUUAAUUGAUGUCUUAUAAAAAUAAAUGGAAAGAAUAAUCAAUUCUGUCAAAUAAGAUUUAGAAAAAAAUUUUCAAAAGUUCGUAGAGAAAGUAGAACAGAUUAGUGGUCGAUUUAAUGAAUAAAAUAGAAUUAUGAAUUAAGUACCUAAGACAAUAGAUAUAAAAAAUGAAACUAAUCAUUAACAGCCAUAAUAAAACAAAGAGCAAAAUUAAAAUUAAAAUUCAAGGUUUAAAAUUUCAUAAUAAAGUAUUUAUAUUGAAAAUAAUUAAUCUUAGCUUCUAAUAAAUAGGAAUAACAUUAUUAUCAAAAUUAAUGA